AUGAUGAAGAAGGAGCUGUCCAGGGCGGCAGCUAGUGGCGACCCGUUCUACGUCUUCAAAGAUGAUUUAGAGACCAAAGUAGCGGCUGUGAAUCAGAAACACGCCAAGUGGCGGGUCGUUCGUCAAAAUGUGAACGACGUUUCAUCGACCGAAGAGCUAGUGAAUUUGACUCAACAGAUUGAAGGAGCUGUGGUAACUGCGGAAAAGGCUGUCAAGUUCUUGGAGGAAACGAUCGUCAUGGUGGAAACCAAUCGAGCCAAGUUUGAGCACAUUGAUGCGGCGGAGAUUGCAAGUCGAAAAGCUUUUGUUGCUGCUACGAAAAAAGAGCUGGAAGGUGUUUCAGCCGAUGUCUGCACUGAUGCUGUGAUGGAUCAGAGCUGCAAAGAAGAACGCGAGUCGAUUGCGCCCUUGGAAUCGUCAACGUCUUCCAGCCCACACCUGACUGACAAAGAAAGGAACGAGCGAUUGCUGGAGCAGGAAAGGCUGCAACGUCAGCAAAUCAUGCAGCAGCAAGAUACAAAUUUGGCAGGGCUUCAGACUGACAUCACGCGCUUGCAUGGAGUGACAGUAGAGAUUUCCAAUGAGGUCAAACAACAGAACAAAAUGCUGGACGAUAUGACUGAUGAUGUGGACGAAGCACAAGAGCGCAUGAACUUUGUCAUGGGGCGGCUGAGUAAUCUCCUCAAAACAAAAGACAAGUGUCAACUCGGACUCAUUCUUUUUCUGGUGGCUGUGCUCGUGGCAAUGGUUUUCCUGGUCGUGUACACGUGA